CUAAAACACACAGCUGUAGUAAUAGCAUGUUACAAGUGUUCAUUAGGGAGAAUAGCUGCGAAUUGCAGGUGUUCAUUUUUGCAUUUGUCUUUUGUAGGACGCAUGAAACUGCACUCCAGAGACGUAUUUUUCUUACUGAAAUAAACAAUUUGCAUUCAGUAUUGGUAGUAAGCUUGUGUCCGACCUUCUUUCUAUUCCUGGCACUUGUCAUGUGUCCAGGGCAUUUGGCUUAGAGGCUCGUGCUGUACAGGCCCGCCCCUGAGCCGAGCGGGACGCUGCAGGAACAACUGCGAACCAAACUUCUUCCAUUACGCGCGUUUCUCUUUUUGUGUGUGUGUGUGUGUAUUUUUUGUUACAUUCUCUAAAGUCGAUCCACAUUCAUUUAUACUUUCACUUGCUGCUGUAGGCAAAACCGAUGCGUACACAAUGACACGAGAGGAGGAUCUGAUACGGAUUGCGAAAAAACUAGACAAAAUGGUGUCUAGGAAUAACACGGAAGGCGCUCUUGACCUGUUGAGAGAAUUGCAAAAAUUUGAUAUGACCCUAAAGUUGCUUCAGGACACAAGAAUUGGUAUGUCUGUCAAUGGAAUAAGAAAACACUGCAGUGAUGAAGAUGUCGUCUCCCUUGCGAAGAUCCUGAUCAAAAACUGGAAGAGGCUAUUAGAAUCGAGCCAUUCCCAGAAGGCUGAAAGACCAAACGAGAUCAAAAAUGGGAGCACGGCCAAUACACAGUCACCCAGUGGACCUUCUCCAGAUGCAGAGUCAAGUCCGAAAUCUAGUUUAAACUCUCCCAAGAAACCUGUUGAUAAGCACAGAAAGGUGAAAAAUGAUGCAGUGUUUAAGAAAGAAAGACAUGUAAGUGACCACAAAAAGGAAAAAGCUGACAGUAAUCACACAAAGGAGAGGGAGAGGAUGAAUGUUAUGGAUUCAAGUGUAUCUUCCUCUGCUUCACCACUCCAUCAUCACAAGUGCUCAUCUUUGGAAGUGAAGAAAGACAGGAGAGAGGCUCCCGAUCCCCACAGUCUUCCUCAACUUCUUCACCUUCACCAUUCUCUUCCUGCUCAUAUUCAUAAACACCAGCCUGAGGUGAAGAGAGACAGGAGAGUCACACCAGAAACUUUGACCUCUCAACAUUCUCAGUCUCAUCAUUCCUCUUCUAAUAAAAGGCCAUCUCUAGAAGUUCCUAAAGAGAGAAAAAAGACUUCAGAUCCAAAUGCCCCACUGCCUCCUUUACCUCUUCAUCUGCAUCCUCCUGCUCAGAAACAGUGUGCUUUAGAGAUGAAGAAACUGAGGAAACAGCCUGUGAAUCCUGAUGCUUCUCUUCCUGCUCUUCCUCUCCACCUUCAUCCCUCUACUCUUACAAAGCGUCCUCCCUUAGACAUGCAGAAAGAGAAAGAAAAAGAAGCCAAAGACAAAGAAAGAAAAGACAUGCCAGCACCAAAACGAAGUGCACAACAGCUGAUAUCUGAACAUCAGAAACACAGCAGAGAUCUGGGGGAGAGUAAACCAGCCAAAAGACUGUCUACAGACAUGAAGAAAGAAAGAAUGGAUUCGUCAAGUUUUAGUCAACAACCUCUGAAAAAGCCGAUUAACGACACAAAGAAAGAAAGAAAAGACUCCACCGAUUCUAAGUCUAUCCAGAGGCAGCAAUCAAGUGACUCUAAACCUCAGAGAAGGGACUCAGUUAACCCAAAGUCAGGAAGCUCACCCCUGCCUAAGAAGCUCUCUGAGGAAAGGAGAGAAGCUCAUGUUCCUAAGUUGACUCUACCAGGAGCCAUACAGAGAAAGGUGUCCACAGACAGUAAUGAUGAACGAAAAAGUAAACCUGAGACUCCAAAGACACCAAGCACCCCUACCACCCCUCUGUCCCCUUCAUUUAGCCCUGCUGGUGGUCCUCUGUCCCCUCACCUGCUUACUGGGGACUCCGUUAGGGACAAGUGCAUCGAAAUGCUGUCAGCUGCACUACGCACAGAUGAUGACUACAAAUAUUAUGGAGCAAACUGUGAUGCCAUGGCAGCUGAAAUUGAAGAUCAUAUCUACCAGGAGAUUAAAGCCAAAGAUAUGAAAUAUAAAAACAGAGUGCGUAGCCGCAUCAGCAACCUGAAAGAUCCGAAGAAUCCAAAUUUACGCAAAAAUGUCCUGGGAGGCGCUAUUGAGCUGAGUCGCAUAGCCUCCAUGUCUGCUGAGGAAAUGGCCAGUGAUGAGCUGAAGCAGCUGAGGAACAUUCUGACUCAAGAAGCCAUCCGCGAGCACCAGAUGGCCAAAACCUCAGGCACGACUACUGACCUGCUGCAGUGUGGCAAAUGCAAGAAAAAGAAUUGCACAUACAACCAGGUGCAAACUCGGAGUGCUGAUGAGCCGAUGACCACAUUCGUAUUGUGCAAUGAGUGUGGAAACCGCUGGAAGUUUUGCUGAUUCCUGUUCAAAGCUCCAUCUACAGUGAACACUUGGGAUCCUUUGUUUUUUUUGUUUUUUUAAUUGCAGAUUACACUUUGGUGUACAAUUAAAAAAAUCCAAAUGAAUUUUAAAGGCUUAUUUGAAUACUGGAGUUUCAAAAAUGCCACACAUGAGACAAUACAAUCUGUAUAGUAUUCAGUAAUUUUUUUAUUUUUUAUUUUUUUCUACUGCAUAUAUUAACUGCAUGAUAUGAAGUUUGGAAUAAAAAAAGUCCAUUUGGAAUAUUAAUCACAACCAUAAUGUACUGUUGUACAUGCUACAGCAAUAAUUAAACAGAAAGCAAAAAAACUCUACAUCAAUGAAUAAAAUAAUUAUAACACAUUAAAAAAAUAAGAAAUGGAUUUGAUUAUUGUGCAGCUGAAGUGUUAGCAGGUCUUCAGACACUGUUUGACUUCAUUUGUUCUACAGUAAUAAUGUUAAUUAUCGAGUGUUUCCUGUAGUAUAAAUAAAGUUGUAUUUGUACUGAA